AUGGAGUCAGAAAUAAUAGCACUAGCGACAGCUAGUGAAGAAACAGGUUGGCUUAGAAGUCUGCCAUCAGAGAUUCCCUUAUGGGAAAAGUCGGCACCAACCAUAUUGAUCCAUUGUGAUAGUACUGCAGCAAUCGCAAAAGUUCAGAACCUUUACUACGAUGGAAAGAGACAACAAAUAUGUCAUAAGCACAGUACCAUUAAGGAGUUUCUCACUACUGCAUCCCGAGCUGCUAGCAUCAGAAAGGAAAUUUACAGCAUCAUGCAGUUCGAUGGAGAGACCCUUAAUGAGUAUUGGGAACGAUUCAAAAAGACCUGUGCUGAGUUCCCCCAUCAUCAGAUCUCAGACCAACUCUUGAUCCAAUACUUUUAUGAGGGACUGAUCCAGACUGACAAAAGUAGCAUAGAUGCAGCUGCAGAAGGAGCCUUAGUCAAUAAAACCCUGACUGAGGCAAUGAACUUGAUAGCUACUAUGGCAGCAAAUUCUCAACAGUUUGGAACUAGAGCUGCAGUCAGUGUAAAGUCCGCCAAUGAGUUGGCAAAAGUGGAGAUUGGACAGCCCGCUGUCGUUUGUCAAGUAUGUCAUGGGACUGGCCAUUCAACUAACGUUUGCCCAAGUGCUCUGCAAGGAGCAAUUCCUGAAGUGAAUGUCGUGGCUACAAUUAUAAUGGGCAAAACUGACGGCGGGACCCAUUUAGUCAGACCUACAAUCCUGGAUGGAGAGACCACUCAAACAUCAAAUAGGGAGGACAGAAUAAGCAGGCCCAGCCUAAUCAUGGAGCUCCGUUUGGUUCAGGAUACACAACAUUUUCAGCAAGAUACAAGGAAAGACAUUGAAGCUUUGGGGACCCAAGUCUCACAACUAGCCACCUCUAUGAGCAAAUUGGAGAUACAAUCUGGCAAACUUCCGUCCCAACCUGAGUCAAUGCUUAAAGAGAAUGUUAGUGCAAUCACAUUGAGGAGUGGCAAGGAGUUGGAGCCACCUGUUGAGCUUGCUAGGGUAAAGGAAGCAGUUGCAGAAAAGGACAAGGAGCUUUUGGAGAUGUUUAGAAGGGUUGAGAUAAAUAUUCUUCUCCUCGAUGCCAUCAAGCAAAUCCCCAAAUAUGCCAAAUUUUCGAAGGAUCUUUGCACGAGGAAAAGACAAGCCAAGGAAAAAGAGAGAAUGGUGGAGGUUAUGUGA